AUGAUUGAUGGACCAGGUAUUUCAUCAAAAGAUCAGGCAUUACUUGUUCAAAAAAUAUUAAAAUUUCAUUGGUUUAUCGUGCUAUUUGAUGAACACGCUUGUCAAUUUCGUUUAAAAUCAUUUGGUUGUCCAGAAAAUCAACAGAAAUAUAUUAUAGAUGGCAAUAAACAAAUAACAGCUGCAGAUUACUUUAAUGAUAAAUGA